UAUGGGUCACAAAACCCAACCCGAAAUGUAUACAGAUCCAAGUCCAGACAUAAACCUCAGAAAAAACCUAUCUAAUAUUGCCGCCUCGCCCUUAUACCCUACUCUUCCGCUAAUCAAAAUUCAAUUGACGCGCACCGUUUCGGAGCGUGGCUCCUCCUCCUCCAUGGGCAAGACCAAGACCCUCUCCGUCGAUCGAAGACCGUCGGAGUGUGUCUCCUCAUAUUCCGUCCACAAGAUCAGUUCCAUAGAUUGGAUACCUUCUCCGGUGGUGGCUUUGGCCACCAGCUUCGACGGCUUGCGAGUCGCCGCCGCUCGCCACGACGGCUCCCUCGAAAUAUGGCUCGUCUCGCCCGGCUCCAUCGGCUGGCACUGUCAGCUGACUAUACACGGAAACCCUAACGGAAGAGUAACGUCGCUUAUUUGGUGCCCCGGUGGUCCUCACGGAAGUCGCUUGUUUUCGUCUCACUUAGACGGCUCCGUUACUAAGUGGGAUCUUUUCCACUUGAACCAGGAGACGGUGCUUGAGUCGGUUGGUGUCUCAAUUUGGAAAAUGGCAGUGACUUUUCCCAAGGGUGACAAGAUAAAUGAUGAGAGGAAGGGUGAUCAAAUGGGGAAUGGGUUCCAUGAUUUUGUUGAACAUGAGAGCAGUGAAAGUGAUGAAGAUUCUGAUUCACCUGGUCCUCACGAGGGUUCUGUGGGUGAGAAUCCACGUGUGGCAAUUGGUCUUGACAAUGGACAUGUGGGAAUUUAUGAUAUCUCUGACACAGAUGAAUUUAUUUACGUAAAAUCCUUGCCUCGGGUCAAAGGACGAGUUUUAAGUGUGGCAUGGAGUACAGAUGCUAACUACAUAUAUUCAGGAAGUAGUGACGGGUUGAUAAGAUGCUGGAAUGCUGCAUUGGGCAAUGAAAUAUAUAGGAUUACAGUUGGACUUGGAGGUUUGGGCAGUGGACAUGAACUUUGCAUAUGGUCAUUACUGUCUUUAAGGUCCGGGACACUUGUUAGUGCUGACAGCAGUGGUAGUGUCCAGUUUUGGGACAGCCAACAUGGAACUCUCUUGCAAACACAUUCACUACACAAGGGACAUGUAAAUGCUCUGGCAGCAGCCCCUAGUCAUGAUAGGGUGUUCUCUGCUGGUUCUGAUGGCCAGGUUAUUCUUUACAAGCUGUGUAGUAGUCAGUCAGCAUCAUCUGAUGAUAACAAACCGCUAUCAACGAUGAAGAGAUGGAUGUAUGUUCACUGUGUAAGGGCUCACACGCAUGACAUCAGGGCUCUGACUGUUGCUUUACCGAUAAGUCAUGAAGAUAUUAAGGCAGAAAGGAGAAUUAAAAGAGCUCGACGUGAAGAAAAGCCCAUUCAUUUUAGUUACCAUAAGUGGGCUCAUUUGGGGGUUCCCAUGCUCAUCUCUGCAGGAGAUGACACAAAACUUUUUGCAUAUCCGGUGAAAGAAUUCACUAAGUUUUAUCCUCAUGAUAUCUGUCCUGCUCCUCAGAGAACACCCAUUCAACUAGUGCUCAGUUCUGUCUUUAAUCAAUCCAAAAUGCUUUUAGUUCAAUCUUCGCAAUGCAUAGAUAUUCAUUUGCUACAACUAAAAAAUGUACGGACUCCUGGUGAUCUUGCAAAAACCAAAAUACUUUGUCGAGUCAAGAGUAAGGCAUCUCAAAAGAUAAUUUGCAGUACAAUUUCUGAUUCAGGGGCGCUAUUUGCAUACUCUGAUCAAGAGAAGCCUAGGCUUUAUGAAUUGGAAAGUGGUGAGGUUGGUAAAAUCACAUGUGAUGUUCGUAGACGGACACUUCCUCAGAGAUUACCAUUUGCCCAUUCCAUGAUUUUUACGCACGACUCCUCCUGCUUGAUAGUAGCAGGUCACGAUAGAAUGAUAUAUGUUGUGGAUGUUGAGAGAUCAGAAUUAAUGCACACUUUUACUCCCCGCCGCGAAUUGAAUGAGGAAUCAAGUCCAACCGAGCCACCCAUCACAAGAUUGUUUUCUAGUUCAGAUGGGCAGUGGUUGGCAGCUGUGAACUGCUUUGGGGAUAUAUAUGUAUUUAACUUGGAGACACGAAGGAAUCAGUGGUUCAUUUCUAGAUUGGAUGGUGCCUCUGUUACAGCUGGUGGAUUUUCACCCGAGAACAGCAAUGUAUUAAUAGUUACAACAUCAUCAAAUCAAGUGUAUGUUUUUGAUGUUGAGGCCAAACAGUUGGGAGAAUGGUCAAGGCAUACAUCUACUCUUCCGAGGAGAUAUCAGGAAUUUCCUGGUGAAGUUAUUGGUCUCUCAUUCUCUCCUUCGCCAACCUCAUCUUCUGUUGUUGUUUACAGCUCCAAGGCAAUGUGCUUGAUUGACUUUGGGUUGUCUGCGGAGGCAGACGAAAGUCAUAAUCUAAUUAAUCAAGAUUUGAAGGCAAAUAUUAUACAAAACUUCAAUACGAAGAAGAGGACUAAACAUAAUAGAAAGAACUUUAAUGUUGUACCAUUAGAGAAUCCUGUUUUAUUUUUAGCUUAUACUUCAAAAAAUUCUUUGUUUAUGGUAGACAAACCUUGGUUGCAAGUGGUCAAGAGUUUAGAAGCCCCACCAGUCCACAGACAUAUAUUUGGGACAUGAGCACUGAGCAACUUAGAGAGUUCUCAACGUGAGGGGAUAAUUUUUUUUUUCUUUUUCUUUUCGUCUCUUCAUGAUUGGGAUUUAGAAUCUUGUAAUGUGAUAUCAUAAUCAAUUUUGUUUCAUUAGUAAUGGCUUAUUCACAUUGUUUUUUAUUUACACUGUUUUUAUUCAA